ACUAAGAAGUCUCUUCAUCCCGAUCCGAUCCUGUAUAGUAUUUUGGGGAAGAAAUGCACAAAAGAUUAUGGUUUCAGCUAUAGCUAAGGAGUCUUUGUCUAAGAUGGGUUUUAAAGAAAGACGUGGGAUCCUCUUUCAAGAAGUGGCUGAGCUUCGUUCGGACUUGGAUAACAUCAAAGAUGCUCACCAACUUGUCCGAAAGGAGAUCAAAGGUAUUCGACGAGCAAUGAAUCUUCUGAUUGCAUCCUAUCAUGGGCAAAAGGCAGAGGGGAAUAUUACACCAAAUAGACAAUUAUUAACCGAACAAGACCAAAUGCUCCGACUCCCAACCGAAUACUCGAGGGAUAUCGACAUGGAAUCGAUAUGUACCGAUCUCCCGAUGUUAGAGCCGCUGUCCGAUGAUGACGUUCUAUUUGGUGAAUACCAAGACCAUGUGACAUCGGAUCUAGAAGAACAGUUUCGACUUUCAUCUUUCCAGCGCAGGCAAAGCUAUCAGUUUGGUUCUCCUUCUCCAGAAAAUACGUACAAUGUGAGACGAACUAGUCCAACUCGCGCAUCUAUUCAAUUCGGCAAGGAUUUUGGAAUGUGUUCGCCUGGAUUUGGAACGCCUGAAAGUAGCCGACGGCCACAGCUUGCCAGUAUGCCAGAGGACGAUCAGGAGCAAAGCGAUUACAUGACUACCGAAAGCGAUACACCCGUUAGCGAAAUUAGUGAAGAUCGAGAUUCGUUUACUAGUCUGCAAGAAUCACACGAGUGCCAUCACUCAUCACGGCAGCACAUGUAUUCUGAGCGAGCGCGUUCCUUGAAACGACGAAGCACUAUGGACACAAUCGAUGCCAACUCUUUAAGAUGGAGUAGCCAGCGUGACUGUGAAGCAAAGGAGUAUGUUUCAGAGUCGAUAGCGAAGGAAAGACUGAACCCUGGGCGAAAGCGACAACCUAUGCUUUGCCGUGGAAACACACAACCGAAUCUUUUUGGGACACAUGCGCCAAAUCAUAUCGGCUCUCCCAUGAAUUCAAGGAAGUUUUCUUUAGUUCCAUCGUUGCCGUUAGACGGUAGGAAUGAGAUGCCGUUACGGUUUCAGACCCCAUUCACUGGAUCCAAGUCACCUACGUCACCACGAUCUCCAUCGUCACCGCGGUCAGGCCUCAUGGGGUCACCGCUUACUUCUCGAAGAGCAUCAGCAGCAGCCGCAGCGGCAGCAGCAUUUACUAAACAUCCGAACCACCUUAGACGAGUUGCGGAUAUGGUAUAAGAGAGUUGAAGAUUUAGUUUCGUUUAAGCUAUGGUCACAACUCAGAACGGCGACCGACCGAAUUGUAGCCUUUAAUUAAGGCAUUGUCCAACGAUUUUUUUUUUUUUGAGAAGUCGAGUAGGCUGUAGAGCCCCAGCGAUGCCUGGGCGGUGCCCUGCAGAUUUCCCGUCGGUCGCCGGUCGAUUUUAGGUCAAAACUGGGCAAAAUCGGGGAGCUUCUCCGGGCGGCGUCCCGACAGUGACCGACUGAUAACCCACCGAUUCCUGGGCGGUCUCCCACCGACCACCGGCUGAUUUUAAAGGAAUUUCCCGGCGGCCGACCAGUGAUCGACGGGGCGCCAAAAUACGCUUGGUGCGCGGGAGGUCGCCGCCCGGGCACCGACCUAAUCGAGCGUUCGCCGUCGAGGGAUAUAGGUCAAAAAGUCGAAGCUGCUAG